CGAGUGGCGCCUCCAGGCGGUGGAAUGCGGAACUGGAGGAAUCUGUAACGUGUCUGUGCCAUAGUCUCUGCGUGCAUUGUCUUCACAAACAGUCAGUGGUGCGCCUUCAUGCCGAUGAGAGCUUCUCCAGCACCACUCCCGUGUUCACGUACAUCUGGCGCCGAGCGUGAGCAAAAUGGAAGUUAAAUGGCUGGCAAACGGAGUUGUUUAGUGCGCCUCACGGGGACCGGAAUGUCCCAGAAAAGGGACGUGAACUCUUACCCAGAUGGGUACCGGGUCCUCAAUAGCAGUGAACUACGGGAGCUCCUACAAGAUGAAGAAAAAAUGAAUCAGAUCGUGCGACUCAGUGAAGAGUUCCAGGAGCUCCAGCUGGACAGGGAUUCCUUGUUAGUAACCAAUCGGAGUCUUGCAGAAGAGAGCCUUUCACAACGCCCUCACCUUCAAAACGGCAAGCUGCAGUUGGCUGCAAAGUACAAGGAACUGGCAAAACUGACCACUGCCUGCAGGGAAAAGCAAAGCCGACUUGAGGUCUUCACGGAGAAGCACAGCCCUCAGACUGCCCACAAUCUGCUCCAGGAGGAGGUUGCACAUGCCGAGGAACGGUCUGAGGAGUUGCUGGAGAAGUUCAUGGAGGGCCACGUGCCCCUGGAGGAAUUCCUUGAUUCUUUUCAAAGCCACAGGAAGACGUACCAUAUCCGCCGCGCUCAAGCCGAGAAGCUCCAGGAGCUCAACAGACCCGACAGGAAAGCGAAGAAACAGGAGGAGGAGCUGAAGAGGGAGGAGGAACAUAAGGAAUCCCGGCCAAAUGGCAUCAGCGCACACGGCCCUCCUCGUGUCUUCCAGCUCCGAUAUGGUCUGACCCCGGCCAUCCUGCUUCCGCUUUCCUCUUCCUCCGCUUCGGUCCUACCUCCUCUGGACUCACGCUCAGGCCAGCUGCAGGUUUCAGGGCCUUGCGCCCGUCACUCGUGCCCCAGGCAGCCCGUCGGCCUGAGAGUAAUAGGACAGUUACCCGGGUGGCCGGUGAGACCGGUCCGACUGCAGCAGCUGUACAGGCCCAGUCCCCAUCAGCCCGAACCUCCGUGUCGAUAACACUCGGCAUCAUGAGUUCGGCAUGAAAGCGAAGUUACGCUAAGACCACGUGAAGCCUUCAUUGAGACCAUAUGUAAAAAUGAUGCUGCCAUGAAAUCAAACAUUCAUGUUACCCAAAAAGGGAGGAGAGCGGAAAGCCAUAAAGUAUUUGUUAAUGUCGCUUGUCAUUGUUGCUUGUUCGUUUAACUUCGUUCUGUUUCGUAUUUGUGUGGGUUUAGUCAGGACGUGGCAGGAGUUUAGCUGCUGUUUGUAUGAGGGAAGUGCCCUGUUUCUUGAGACACUGCUUUUUGACUGGAAGGUCUUUUGGGCCACUGAGGGACUUGUAAAAUAGCACCUUUUUGUAAUGUUUAUGGGUGUUCAAUAAAGUCUAAUCAUGAUGUUUAUUUUAAACCUA